AUGAAAGGGAAAUCUGGACAAAGAAAAGGGCUUCCAUUAACCGCAUCUGAACCAAAUAAUGAUAAAAGUUCAACCAAAAAAGCUGAAAAAAUAGAAAAAAAUAAUACACCUAGCUCUGACUCUGACCAGCCUACUCAUGGAACAAAAACCAAUGUAUCAGCCCAUAAAUCUCAUUCCAAAAAUAAUAGAUCCCAUUCUCCUCCCGCAAUAUCAAAAGUCAAAUAUAAAGAGGAAAAAGCUGAUGAAUCUCAAACUUCCAAGAAAUGCAACGAUAGAAAGUCAACAGAUGAUGCAUCAUCUUCAAUUAAUUAUUUAGAUUCGAAUUCAAAACAAAAUAAAAGUCGACGUGAAAAGCCUCUGAGAAUACAAUCUUCACCACAAAUUGGAGAAAUUUCUAAAAGUCAAAUCCAAUAUUCAAGACUUCGUAAUUUUAGUUAUGAUUUUAGUGAUUCUGAGUCUUCUGUUGCUGAAGUCAUACCACCUUCUCCCAAAAACGCUCGUAUUAGAGAAAAUAGCAGUAGUGAAUUGAUUAAACUCUCAAAGAAAAAUCAAAAAUUUGAUAUAAGUGAUUCUGAACCUCUUAAUGCAAUGCGAGAUUCACUUUGUUCACCUGAUACUAAAUCCAAAGCCAGUGAUCUCGAUACUCCAUCACCAAAACCAGAAGAAUCUAAAAAUCAAAUUUCUUUAGCGGCGGCUUCCAGAGAAAAAUAUCAAAAUCAAGACUCUAAAAAGACGAAGUUUGCUAAUAAGCCAACUCAAUCGCUAAAUUCAAAAGUCGAUAUGAGCGAUUCUGAUACAUCUGUCGCUGUUUUCAUUCCUCCAUCAAAAAUGCAACGGCCUAAUACUGUUUACCUUGAUAAAACUCCAUCUUCCAUCAAAAUUUCGAAGAAUGAGGACAGUGAUCUAGAUACUUCUGUUGCUGAGCAGAAUCCUCCAUCCAUAACUCAAAGGUCUAGGUCGCUGAUAGGAGAAAAGCCAACGAAUGCUGAUUUAAACAAGAGCGAUUUAUCUGAUUUAGAUACAUCAGUAGCAGAACAGAUUCCAGCAUCAAAGAUGCAAAGGCCGAAGACAACAGUGUUCAGUCAACCUCCAAUUCUUAGCAAAUACGGAAAAUACAACGAUAGUGACUCGGAUACUUCAGUUGCUGAACAAAUUCCUCCAUCAAAAAUGCAAAGACCGAAAACAACAACAUUUGAGAAGGCUCCUGUUUCAAUUAGCAACAAAAAAGUCAUUAUAAGUGAUUCUGAUACUUCAUUUACUGAGAAAAAGCCUCAAACGGCGCAAUCUCGUGCUCCUACAAAGAGUAAUAUUGUUGAUUCGAGCGAUUCUGACUCUGUUGCCAUUCAAAUUCCUGCAUCAAAAAUGAAAAGACCGAAAACAACAACAUUUGAGAAGGCUCCUGUUUCAAUUAGCAACAAAAAAGUCAUUAUAAGUGAUUCUGAUACUUCAUUUACUGAGAAAAAGCCUCAAACGGCGCAAUCUCGUGCUCCUGCAAAGAGUAAUAUUGUUGAUUCGAGCGAUUCUGACUCUGUUGCCAUUCAAAUUCCUGCAUCAAAAAUGAAAAGACCGCAAACAACAUAUUAUGCGAAAUCUCCAAUCAAUAUAAACAAUAAGAAUAGUUUCACAAGUGAUUCGGAUACAUCUGUUGCUGAACAAAUCCCUCCUUCUCAGAUUCAAAAGACAAACAAUAAAAAAGAAACUUCUGAAUACUCUGAUACAUCUGUGGCCGUGCAAAUACCUUCUUCAAAGAUGUCCAGACCAAAGACAUUGGUUAUUCCUCAUCCUCCAGUUAAAUUGAAAAAAGAGAAAAAUGGAAACAGCGAAUCCGACUCAGAAGAUCGAAAUCCUCCUAAGAAGACAAAGCCUGCUCCAAAUGUAGCCAACAGAAAGCAGAUUAUGUCUGUCCAAUUCCCUCAAAAUCACUCUUUUAACUGGAGUGACUCAGAUUCAUCUGUUGCAGAGGUUAUUCCUCCUGACGAACUCAGGGCAGAGAAGAUCGCUUAUUUAAAGGCUCAUCCUGAGGCUAAUUUCGAAAUUUCACCGUCAUCUCAAAUUUCUGAAUGGAGUUCAUAUGACAAGUUGAAGUCUUUGGACACCAGUGAACACGAUUCAUCUAAAAAAGAGACGCUGCACCAAAAAUUCCAAAAAGUUGACUUAGACGUGAAAAAAUCCUCUAAAAAGAUCGAAAAGAGCGAAUCAGAGCCUUCAUUACCUGCUCAAUCAUCAAUUAGACCCUCUAAAUCAGAGGUAAGUGACUCCUCUUCUGUUGCAAUCAGAAUUCUUCCAAGUCCGACUGAAUUUGAGUCAAAACCAGACACUGAGCCAUCGAAGUUAUCAAAUGGUGCUUUACCUGAUGAAACCAAAAAUUCAUCUAAUUCUUAUGUUUCAGACAAUGAUCAUUCAUAUAACUCAGCUUCCUCAUUGAUUGAGAACAAGGUGACAAAGAAGAAAUCUCAGAAAAGAAAGGAAUCAAGUAGCAAUAAUUCAUCUGAUGGUAAAGAUAAGAAGAAAGCAAAAGAAGAACCUAAAUCCACUGAACAAAAAGAAUCUUCUUCGCCAAAUUCAAAAGGAAAUCCAAAAGACUCCCCUAAAAACAAAGAAAAAGCGAAGAAAGAAGAAAGUGAUAGUGAAUACUACAGCUACUCUUACAAUUACUACAGCUAUUAUUCGUCCAGUGACACUUCGACGACAAAGGAAGAAAAAAGUAAGAAAUCUUCAAAGAAAAAGUAA